AUGCACAGUUUAUUCAUCCUGAUCAUCUCGUGUAUAUUUGGUCCGAGGCCUUUGUUGAGUUUAUUGGAUAAAGAUCCAAAAUGUCGAUAUAGAGUGCACUUUCCGGAAGCGCCUUGGCAGACGGCGUAUGACGUUUGCUCACGUGACAACAUGACCCUGGCAAAGGUGUCAACCCCAAUUGAGAUACAUUUUAUUGACAUCGUUCUCUACGAAGCACUACCCAUAUUGGAAUCCGAUACAAUCGAGGUCUGGACUGGAGGGUUCUUGCAGACCAUCAACAACAGAAGCAUGACGCUAGAUUGUCAGGUCCUUGACCCUCAGCUGACCAUUAAGGAGAAUCGAAACCUUUCCAGUGAUAUUCUCUGUCUCUUCUAUCAUUUCGCUGAAAAAGCUGUCCGUGCCGGUGAUUGUCUGGCAAAAAAGGCGUUCAUAUGUGAAACUUUAACAUAUGAUCCUAAAGACUGUCUUGUAAUGACAAACAUGUCGUUCCUGGGGAAUAUAACUUUAGACUGGUGGGCACCAUUUGACCAGUGCAAACAAUGGUGUUUGAAUACAACAUCCUGUUAUGGCAUCAUUAACGAAAGCAACAAGCGUUGCACAACGUUUCGCUAUGAUGCAGAGUCAAAAAAUAAUUUGAACACAGAGGAUUGGGAAAACAUGCAAAUCAUGCACAAAAGUUUCUUUAUUCCCCAUAAUACUAUCUACACACCCUAUCCAGUGUCGGCUCCAAAACCGUUCAAUGGUUGGUGUCAAGAAAUCACAACGACUGUUAUCGAAGAAAAGAUUAAAAAUAUGCAGAAAAAUCUGACGGUGAACAAGAAAGUAACAAGCCGGUACGUCCGUACCCUGACCAGCUCUCCCGACAAGCGACGAUCAGCACAAAACGUGGGGGUCGUGGGCGUGUCCAUCAUUGCAACGGUAGUGGGGGUGGUCGUCCUGUCAGAUUGUGUCAACGUCAUCAAAGCGCUUCAAAACAAACACAGAGGAGCAAAGGUCGGCUGCGGCUGAUUGAACUGCAUUGUGCUUUUAGUGGUGAAAGGAUAAACAUCUCUAAGUAUGUCUUAUACAUUAACUUCGUUUCCGUUUUGUAAGUAUGUAAAGAACUAAAUAUUUAUCUUGAUGACACGUGUUGAAGAUUCAUUGACAAUUUGCAAUGUAUUGCAAAAUGUUAACAUCGAAAGUACAUAUAAAUGUCACGUUAUACAUGUACAAGACAAUACAAAUUACCAUUGUUUUUUUGUGAUUCUACGUACGUAGGCUAGUUAAUGCUAAAAUUGAUUAGGAAUGAGUUUUUUAACAUUGAAACAUUGACAACUAUUUGUAAAUAGAUAGUCAUGCCGUGACCUUGAAUUGCUAGUAUAACCUAUUGUUCACUAUGAUACUUAUGUAUACCUAGAUACUGCGCAAUGAAUAGUGGUAAUGAUAACUAACAGAAUGAACUCUAUGACUCUUGUAGCAAUUCGUAGUAUGAUGUUAUGAAACCAGGAGCAUAAUACGGGAAUAAUAAUAUCCAAAUAGAGAGUUCAAAAUAAGUAUCAUAUUUGGCGAUUAUGUGUCUGCAUCGAUAGCUCUGGUACUCUAUAUUGAGUCAUGUAUUGCAUAUUCCAUAUCACCUUUGUAACCUUUUAAACCAUGCACUCGUGUAUCCAAAUACUCUUAGUCCUAAGUGAGGCUAAUUUAUUCUGGCACAGUAAAUCCAAACUGAAAAUAUAUGAACAAGUUAUCAACAAAUUGUCAUAUUUGGCAUCCUAUGUCCGCAAUGAAGGGCCUAUUGCGAGUUAGUCUUGUAAUGCUAUUUAACCUUUGUAACCAUUAAGCCAUGUAUGAAUGAAUGAUUUAUGCGCAAGCGAUGCAACACACCCAAGUAAGAAACUCAGAGACUCGGACUCGGAGACUCAAAGCCUGCAUCACAAUAUUAUUUCUGACAGUUCUGACAGUUUAGUUGCUUAUUAACUCUUGAAUUUGACCACUAAAUGUUCACUCAUGAUCAUCGUAGAUGGGCCCAACUGGUCAAAACUGUCAAUCAGAAGUAAAAUGUUAUAUAUACCCCUAUAAAAUGAUGUUAGACGAGAAUUUUAGAAUUUUAGAACUUUUAACUAGAAUUGUAUUUCUGGUUUUGAUUCCGCUUAUAGAGAUUCUUUGAUUUGGGCUGCUUUUAAUUGUUGUAACUUUGACUAUACGAUCACGCUUUAAUAAAACCGCUUG